AUAUCAGACGUGAAAAUAUUGUCGACGAGAGAAGAAGCGUUUUCGAUGAGCAGGCAGCACAAAGCCCACCUUUUACCAGUAGAAAAGCAGAGCAUCAUGACUUAGGUUCGAAGAAUUUUCCAACAAAGCAGUUCAAAAUAGUGAAAUGUGUGAAAAAAAGCUUAAUCAACGGAAAAAUGCAUCAUGUCCAAAUGUAACGUGAGCAAGCGAAUGCAAAAGUGCAAAAUCGUAGUAGUUAGUGAAAAAGUGUUCUCUUUCUCCCCAAAUGAUCUUUUUUUGUUCUGCUCCGAGGAGGAAAAAAGAGCUCAUCGCCGUCGCCGUCGUCGGCUAACAGAAGAAGCAGACAGCAAAGGCAGCAGCACCUCUGCUAUGCUGAUGAAAAUGUAGCCCGUUUUUGGGUGAAAAAGAAGCCAAAAAGCGUGGAUAAGUGUAAAACUAGUGCAACAAAAUACGUGCAUUGUAAAAUAUGUGUAAUACCAGUGUGAGGGUGCACAAGCUAGUGAACAAUUUUCAAAAUCCUCGCAGGCAGGAAUUCGAGGUGGAAAAAUCAAUACUAAUAUAAAAAUUAACAAUGGCGGCUGUUUAAUUCGGGGAGGAGCUUAAAAUCGAUUCCUCAUAGAACAAAAACCUACACAACAUGGUGAUAUGAGUAACUUACACAAAUAAUAUAAUUGAUAUUAUAGCGAAAAUAAAAGAUUAGAAGCUGAAUAGCUACUACUUACUCAAAAAAAAACUAAGGAGGAAAACAGGAAGAAGUAGCAAAUCGACUAAACAUACAAUCUAAGAAAAAACCACGAGCAACUUUUGUUUUUCUCGUUUCUAAAAUGCACAGCAUGUUCAAGCAACCUGAGGAAAUUCUGUAUAAAGUCGAAAGGAUUAAACUGUUGAACAUUUCGCUCAAACCGUUCGUUUUCUCGCGUAAUUACUUUAACAUUCCUGUAUUAUCAUUUCUAUCAUCGACGUCGUCGUGGUCGUGGUUAUCAUCGCCAUUAAAACAUACGGAAGGAUACCGUUUAGCUAGCAAACCACACAUCAGUAGGAGCAAAACGUUACUAUAUAGGUUUAUUGUUCAAUUUUUUUUGGCCUUGUUCUUGGUAACAAAAUGCUGUGACGCAGCUAAGCAAGAUGCUUUACAAAGCAGCACGGGGUGCGCUUUUCCAAAACGAUGGGAGGGACGAUGGUUUCAAUCUGGGGUACAACAGGAAAUAACUAUAGAAGGAUCAACUUUAAGUACUAGAGGAAGAUGUAUCGCUAGCGAGGGAGACAAAUUUUUAUUAGUGAACGAAAAAGGAUGUCAUCGAUGCGUUGUAAUAUAUCAGAAGCAUAUAAACAUACUACAGUAUAAAGAAAGUGAGUGUGAAGAUAUGUAUUCAGGCCUGUUGAAUCCGGCUGCAAUGCCUAUUCAUAGCGUUUUAAAAAGUGAUCAUAGUCGGGGGGCUCAUCCCAACAUGAACGGGCAUUCACGAUUAUCGUCAUCGGAUCCGUAUAUACGAUCCAAUGAAGAUAGCGACAAUUGUAUGGGAUGCAAGGGACGCGAAACGUUGCACUAUCUUUGUGAGCAAAUCCCCGGCGAUGCACUACUCUACAGUAUGUUCAAGAUCAACCCAGAGCCCAUCAAAUGUCCACUGUCGGGUUCGUUUACCUUCACGUACAACCGAGGUCACGGAGAGUGCAAACAUCCAGUAUCCAAAAUGGACAUGUGCACGGAAGAUAGCAGACUACUGCUAAACUUCCAAGCCUGUCCAGACGUAUCCGGCACAGAGAGCACAGUCGAAGAACUGACAUGCCUAGCAUGGUGGAAGGAUGGCAAUUCUAGGUAUCUUGUCGGACUGGUCUCACACUAUCAUGCGACUUCGAAUGAAGAUCGGUUUAGGUGCUUUGUGUAUGAAAAGAUCAGUGGAUCAGGUGCAGCCAAUGCAGACGCAGAAUACAAGCUGGCUCAGUCCGGUGAUGCCACCUGUAACGGGCUGGAGAGUGCGGAAGUUGGUUCCCGAAUUAUGACACUGAAACGGGCACCGAUGACGGAGCGGUGCGACUUUCCGGCUUGGUUCAAAGGCCCCAGACAUUGGCAUGCACUGAUGGGAAACGCAAACUAUAUUUUCCAUCCGAGUGACGGAUCGUUACACAUUGUUAAGUCAAGUGGGUAUAUGGAAGCGCGGGCGCUCUGUGAGCAAAUCAACAAGCAGACGACCACCGAGAUGAUGGCCGUCGUUCAUCACACAACGGGAUGCACAUCUGGAUACAUGUGUGUGAUGUUCUACAGACGAGAUACUCACAUAGCUGAGCUACAGAUGGGAACGCCCGCAGCUAGGCUGGAAGAUGCGUGUACGACUGAAAACUUUGACGUGCAUCGGACUCCGUUUGUUACUCUAUUAGCCAAUAAUCCGGAGACCCAAAUCUGCCCGAUGGAAGGGUACUACUCAAUUAAAGGUUUCCUCAUUCCUUCCUCUUCGAUUUCAAGGCACAAACGAAAUCACAACAACAAGAGUCGGAUGCACAGGCAUCGGGAGGUAGUGAGUUUCCGCAAUCAGGAAAACGCGGACAACUACUAUAGUAUGGAGAAGCGAAAAGCUUUUUCGCGCAUGAGGCGGACGGCCGCAGUGGCACAGGUGCUACAACAGCCUAGUGAUAAUGUCACACAAGACUUUUACAAUUUAGAAUCUACCCGAACUCGUAGAGAAACGAUGGGAUGUAAUAUUAAUCACAAUACCAACAGACGUUUAUAUAUAGGAUGUAAUGAAAACACUGUAAUAGAAGUUAAGCCAAAAUGUAAAAAUGAUGAAGAAGAAUCUUACACCUGUCAUGGUCACUGGCAGGAAAAUCAGACAACGUACAUCAUUGCGAAGCAUCUCAGUUCGCAGCAUGGUGUCUGCAUCAGCUACGUGCCAAUUGAGGGAAACCAGGUGCAAAUAUACGCAGGUGAUACGUGUCAUCGGUCCGGAAUGACUCAGAUCGAAGCUGGUGCAACGACGGCGGGUGGGUUCGGAGGCGGUGGCAGCAGUGGCGGAGUAACCACUACUCAUAAGACUAUGUCAAACGUUACCGUUAUAGGCAAAUGCGGCGACACUAGCACAUCGAUCACGCUCCAUUACUGUAACAAAAGCUGGAUGAUUCUUACUGUAUUAACGAUAGUGCUAUUUAAUUUUAUUCUAAGAUGAUCAUACUGUACAGUCAAUAAGCAAAACAAACCAUGUCUGAUCAUAGAAAUGCAUACUUCGCUACUUUGCCGGACAAAAAACUAAAACAAAUGUAGGAGCAAAGCAAGUGGUAGCCAGAAAUGAAAGAAGAAGAAAAAAAAUGUUACGCCCAAUCGACACAAACAAAUCGAAUAAAUGGUGUACAUCCAUGUACAAAGUGACAGAGAGACAGAGAUCUAGAUCCUAAAUAAACUUAUAAGUUUUUAUUGUUUUA